UUCGCGCUGACGUCUACGUCAUCGACGUGCCUGCGGCGUACGUGCCUGGCUGCAUGGCGCGUGCCUCCACAGCCGAGUUUUCGCUUUAAGUGACUAACUUUCUUUACCAUUCGUCUGCGGGGACUGCGCGCGUGCGAGCGCGGGAAGUUUGUGCAGCUGUGAAGUGAAAGUUACCCGCUAGCACCGAGCUAGCUUCCUUUAGCCCGUUAACGUGACGUCAGCUGACCCGAAAGCAGGUUAACGAGAUCACCGGUUCAGCUCCGCGGCGUCCCGGCGCCUGAGGAAACACUCGGCGUGUUACAGAGGGCUGCCCCGCGGCGAGGAGCCGCCGACCUGCCCCGACAGCUGGGUGAGUGAAACCGCUCCGGACCGGGGUCGACCCGGUCAGGAUGGCCCUCCGCUCGAUCCUGGGCACCAUGUGCCUCGGGAACCGAGCCGCCUGCUGUCGGUUCCACCUGCACCCCCCGCACGCGCCCGUGCGCCACGCCUCGUGCCAGUCCAGGUCCGGUUUCAAGCCCGAGAGGGUGGCGGUAGUGACCAAAACAACCCGGUACGAGUUCGAGCAGCAGCGGUACCGAUACGCGGGACUCUCCGAGGAGGACCUGAAGCAGCUGCUCGCCCUGAAGGGCUCCAGCUACAGCGGCCUGCUGGAGAGACACAACAUCCACACCAGCAACGUGGAGCACGUCGUUCGGAGCCUGGAAAGGGAAGGCAUCGAGGUGCAGGUGGUGAAGAGAGGAGCCUACAGCGAGGAGGUGGUCCGGUGGGCCGAUGCCAUCAUCUCUGCGGGGGGAGACGGGACGAUGCUCCUCGUGGCCAGUAAAGUCUUGAGCAAGGACAAGCCGGUUGUUGGCGUGAACACCGACCCUGAGAGGUCAGAAGGUCACCUCUGCCUGCCCGUGCGCUACACUCGUGCCUUCCCAGAGGCGCUGGACAAACUGUGCCGUGGAGAGUUCAGGUGGCUGUGGCGUCAGAGGAUCCGUCUGCACCUGGGGGGUACGGGGAUCAACCCCACCCCGGUGGACCUGCACGAGCAGCAGCUGAGCCUGGAGCAGCACAGCCAGGCUCACCGCUCCGACAGCCAACAGAGAUCUGGAGCGUUGCACCAGAGCGUCUCCACGCCGAGCCUGCUCCCCGUCAGAGGCCUCAACGAAAUCUUCAUCGGAGAGUCUCUGUCAUCCAGGUCAAAGUCUUUCAAACCCCACCUUAACCUCUUGCUCCAUAGGGCUUCCUACUAUGAGAUCUCUGUGGAGGACGGCCCGUGGGAGAAACAGAAGAGCUCCGGGCUCAGCAUCUGCACUGGGACGGGGUCUAAAGCCUGGUCUUACAACAUUAACAAGCUUUCAGAACAAGCUGUUGAAGAGGUUCUGAAAAUUGGGAGGUCCCAGGCAGGAGUGGACGUCCCUCUGAGCCCAGAGUUCAUAGAAAGAGUCACAGACCAGUACAACGAGUCGCUGGUCUUCAGUCCAGACGACCGCCGCCUCCUCUUCAGCAUCCGGGAGCCCAUCGUGAACCGGGUUUUCUCCAGCAGCCGGCAGAGGGGCUUCGCCAGCAAGGUGUGUGUGCGCUCUCGGUGCUGGGACGCCUGCAUGGUGGUGGACGGGGGGACCUCCUUUGAGUUCAACGACGGAGCCAUCGCUACAAUCAGCACGAGUGAGGAGGACCAGCUGAGGACGGUGGUUCUGGAGAACUGAGUCCGAAGAGCACGUCCUUCUUUCUGCGUCCAUGAAGUUCAGGACUUCUCUACUGAACAAGAAUGUGUGGGAAAGAGUUUUCUGAAUUUACUUUUUUAUCCUUUUUAUUUAGUUGUAUUUUUGUGGGUUUUAGCUGAAACUGUGCGGUGAGCUUUAGAGCUGAAAUCAGGACGAUAAAGAUGUGACGGUCUUCAUCAGUGAUUAAUUUAUUUAUUACCUUCUGCACUACGUAAACCUCGGCGAGUUUCUACUUUAACGCCGACCUGCAGACUUUGAAUGUUGGAGCCACAGACCGAUGCUGAGCUGACGGUGGGACGGACGCUCAGCAGCAGGAACCGCCGGAUGAAGAGGCUGAAGAACCGCUCCAGUGUGUUUGAAGGAGCACUGACUGUUACAGGCAGCUGUUCCACUCCUGAAAAAUCUCAUCAAACAUUUGAUCCUCAGAUGUUUAAGGGACAACAGCAGGAGUUUUUGGAGCCCAAGUUGUAUAUUUUCUAGCUGUUUUGGUCGUAUUGGAGGCUAAGCUUUAGUAUGAAUUGUUUUUCUAAAUGACAGAACCGCCAACCAGCCGUGGUGCUGGCAGCACAAACGUCUUCUGUAUCACGACCCAUGUUAGGAGCCGCGCUGGAGCUCAGAUGAGUCUGUUCUGAAGCUGCGCCAAAGUCUGAACAACUGAGUGGAGAUAAAACCAUAAAACAUA